AUGGCUCCUGGUCGGAAGGUGGGAGCAAGCAGGCAGCAACCAACAGAGGAGAUAACAGAUAUUGAAAGAGAAAGGGCUCAAACGAUAAUGAGGAACAAUCAAGUAUUGCGUAGCCUUGGGAUCCCCACAUUGGCUUCAAUUGUCAACAGUUCAACUACAAAGAGCAAGGGCAGGGCUCGAGAAGAAUCUGAUCCUCUGUAUGAACCUGAAGAUAUGGAGGAAACUGGAGAUGCUGUACUUGAUGAGGACCAAAUGGAUACCAUGAUGGCUCAGCCUACACCAGAAGGUAAAUUUCUUCGAAAUGUUGGCCUUCCUCGUUUGUUGGCGUGGGCUGGUGAAAAGGUAAGUGCUGGUUUGAAAACCACUGUUGCCGUCAGAUGUACACAGUGGUGCAGAAGCAGGGCCAGUUCCAGGGCUGCCGGCUUGUUCCCGUACACAAGGCAAGAAAAAUGCCAUCAUGGAUUCAUGGAUGAUUUCUGCGGUACUACUCCAGACAAAGUCAGCUAUAAAGUUAAGCUUGAUGAUUCUGAUUUUGAGUCUGCCCUACUAAAAGAAAAUUCUGUUGGUGAUGGGGAUCCUAAGAAAAAUCAUUCAUUAGACAUUAAGAAAAGAAUAAAGCAUAUGAUGUCAAUACAUCAAUGGACAGAGAUGCUUAAACCUUCAGGACAACGUGUCAAGUGUCAAGAAACUUUAUCGUGUAUGAAGCAACAAAUUUCAAGGAUCUUUGAUUAA